AUCAGCUGUCCAUAGACAAAGGCAGCUGGAAUGUGGCGGGGGAAGUUCUUCUCGAAGAUCCCCCGCCGUUCACCUCGUUCACUUCGCACACUCUCCCGAGCGGCGCGGAGGUUCCGUUCACCAAGCUCGUCGAUGCACGAUGGAUGGAGAUCUUCCUGGCGAGGCUUCGGGAGGUCGACCUCUACCUGGAAACCCGUCGCAAGCUUGGGGGGGGCGGCUCGCGCCGAGGCGAAGAUGGUGGUGCUCCGCCGCAGCGCACCCAUGCCGAGGAGACACCUGCGGGGCCGAAGAAGUCGCGCUCGACUCCCUCGCUCAUCCGCGGGAAGCGAGCACUCGAUGACGAGCAAUGGGCUCAUGUGGGGCGGCUGGAGGGGAUGGUGCGAGAAAUCAUUUGCCACUCGCCCGUGUCUGCUGAGGAGAUGGGACGUGUGGCUUCAAAGAUCGAGAAUUUGGAGGAGAUCGCCGAAGGUCUUCGAAACAAGACAGAGAAACUAGCUGUGCUUUGCCGAGGCUACAGUCAUGGCUUGGGGGCUCCCCGGAUGGGGGAUCCUGUGGAGCUCGACUUCGCGAGCGAGGCUCGCGGUGAUCACUCGAGUAGUAUGACUGCUAAGCCUGUGAUAGCUUCUCGCUUGGAGUUUGGCACGGCCCCGAAGUUCGAUCCCGCCCCGUACAUGGAUGCACUCAGCCUGGAGCGGAUGAUUUUGGACGCACGGGGGCCAAAUUUGCUCGAGGCGGGUUUGAAUCGGUGGACACAAUCUUUGGGCUGUGCCGAAGCUAUUUUGCAGAUGCGCCUCGCUGAGAACGAAAUCCUCGUGGUUUCAGGAGCAGAUUUGAAAGAUUAUUACUAUCAUUACAUCAUUAGCCACCAGCGUCUGGUACGGAACUCGCUUGCAGGCUUCGUGGACGAGUCCGUGGCUCGGAGCUUCAGCUGCUUCGAAGAGCAACUUGAUGGGACGGGGCCUUACAGAGCAGCGCUAAACAGUAUGGCGAUGGGGGACCUGAACAGCGUCGAGUUCGGACAACUUGCUCAUUUGUCCCUCAGCCUGCAGGCACAGGUCUUCUUCCCGGAGGAAAUGUUGACGCUGAAAUCGCGCGCUCCACGCUCUUCCAUUGCAGGCGGAGUAGUGAUUGACGAUUUAUUCAUUGCUGAAAAGAUCGAUCGUGCCAGGAUGAACGAGUUGGGCAGCGGCACCACUGCUGGGGCUCUCCGGCUCAAGCGGGCGGAGAAGGCCUACGUCGACAGUGGUUUGAAGCAGAAUUUCAAGAAAUCGUUCAGUGAGAAAGUCCGCGCUGAGGUGUGGGGCGCAGAGAUCGACGGCGAAGUGGGGACAUGCAGGCCCCUGACAUGUCGUUUGAUUCCUGUGCUUUCUAUCACUGUCGACAUCAUCAAAACAAAAGCUGCUACCCGCUACAUUCUUUCAUCCAUUGCCGGCUUUUUUGUUGCGAUUUUCCAAUUUCGGAGGCGCUGCAUGUCCCUGCUCGAGGAAGUCUUCAAGGUGCCGGACUGGCUUGAUGAUCACAAGGCAUUUCGUAUCUGGCCUGCUCUUGAGGCCGAGCUUUGGAUGCUGGUACUCGUUUCUCCCGCUGUCAGGUUCAACCUACGGAGCUCGUUCUGUACGGAAGUGUCCGCCACGGACGCUUCAGACAGCUGGGAGGCCGAGGUGGCACAGGAGUUUCCCGAAAAAUUUGUUGAGGAACUCAGUCGUCACAGUCUCCGGAAAUCCGUAUGGACCAAAUUGCUCAGGCCUGCGCAGGUUACCGCACGGAUCGAGGGCAUCCUUGACCCGUCUGAGGAGCUCCCGGGGGGAGAGUCUUUUGGCUACCAUCCGGUUUGGCAGACCUUGUUCAGGACCGUGAAGUUCAAGGAGAUUUGGAGGAGGCGAAUUUGGAAGCCUCGCCACAUAAAUGUUCAUGAGCUUCGGACCUUGCUUGCUGCCGAGCGACGGAGAGGUCUUCUUCACCCUGGUUCAAGCAUCGUGACAGCGAGCGAUUCUCAAGUAUCUUUAGGAGCCGUCCUCAAAGGUCGAUCGGCAUCACCUAGACUUAACGGCAUUCUCCGUCAGAGCCUCCCGGACCACCUCUCUUCCGAUUGCACGGGGAUCUAUGCCUAUGUAGGAACCUCUGACAAUCCUGCUGAUGAUCCUACUCGGCAUGCUCGUGUUCGCGAAGCCCGAGAAGCCAUGCCUUCCUGGAUGGAGCGCGCUCUCGGAGGCUCGUUUGCUGAGCUCGAGGAUUUCCUUAAAAACUUUGGGUUGGACACGGUUAGCAUGCUUGGGCUCCCUCCUUUCGAAACCAUCAUGCCUUUGGCUUUGUCGAGUCCUCGAGCCCCUCGUGCCGAACGCCGUGGGAUGUUCCUGAAGCAGCUUAAGGUGAAGGGCUCAGAGCAUGUAGCCGAAGAGUUCGCUGAUAGCCUGGUCCGACGUGGAUCCAUCAGAGCAGAGGACCUCCGGCAUCUUAGCGAGCUCCUCCCGGCCGAGACGCCCGCUCGAGGCGGUGAUCUGAGUCAGGCGCAUUCUUUCAGCAGUGGGAUGUUUGUUCACGGAGGUGUUCUUGGCCUUCGACAGAACUGCCGGUCUUAUCCCAGGAGCAGUGCUGCUGUCGCGCAGUUUGUGAAUGAGCACUUCCCGCAGCAUACGUACACGAGUUUCUCUUUCAUGACAAAUGUGAGGACCCCCCCUCAUCGGGAUUCGCGCAACCACCCCGACAGCGUGAACCUCGUAGUUGGGCUUUCCGAAUUCGGAGGCGGGGGCAUCUGGGUUGCUGAUGAUUUGGGAGAGGUUGCUGAAGAGAUACAGGGCGAAACCGUUUUGGGAAAGAACCUGGAUCUACAGAGCGGAGCUGUCACACUUCAGCCCCGAAAGUGGCACUUCACCCGGGAGUGGACUGGCGACCGCGUCGUUCUUGUCCUCUACACUGUUCGGGAUUACCUGAAGGCCCCCCGCAGCGACCUGGAGUUCCUGACCGGGCUUGACUUCCACCUACCGGAGCCCGUCUAUUUGAAGUUUCGAUCUUUGAAGCCGCCGUCCAGUCUCCGCUCUACCAGGCAUGAUGAGUUCCUGGUAGCAGGGAAAGGACCCAGGUUAGAGCGGUGCGAUGAUGACGACAUCUGGCCCAAGGACGGGCCCGUGCUUGACUUGCCGCCUGCCGUUGUGCAGGCUCUUCUUGAGUUUGAUGCCGAACAGUUUGUUUGCCCGAAGCGAGACCGCAGGCAGCUGACUGAGAGAUUGUUACGGCCUGGUUUUCUCGACUGCUAUUCAGGUUCCAGAGGAGUUGCUCAUGAGCUUGCUGAAGCUUCCGGUACCUGGGUGCUGACCUUUGACUAUGCCAGGUCCCCUGACGAGGAUCUCUUGAACGUUGACCUGCAGGCCAGACUCUUUUCGCUUAUCCGAGGCCGAGCGUUUCUGGGUUGUGGAGCUGGGCCUGUGUGCUCUUCUUUCUCAAGGGCCAUCAGACCCCCUGUUCGAAACAAGGAGUGGCCUCUGGGGAUCCCCGGUGCCAGGGCCAGCAUGAGCGAAAAGAUCAAAGAGAGGAACCUGCACGCGUCCUUCACGGCCUCCCUCGCGAGCGAAUGCCUGCGCCUGAACAUCCCCAUUUGGGUUGAAAAUCCUCACGGCAGCUACUUGUGGGAGACGCCUUGUUGGCGAGAUCUUCUCGGCGAAGAUUGGCCCAGCCUUUGCUGGGUCGUUGACUACCGCGCCUUCGGGACUCCCUGGAGGAAGAGAACCCGGUUCUUUGUUGGAGGUGACGCCGGUGGCCAGUGUGUCAGAUGCCCAGGCUGUCCUCAACACCAGCGACUCAGCGGCUAUGCAAAGUUGCACCGACGCCAAUGGACUAAGGUUGCCGAGGCGUAUCCGAAGCAGAUCAACAAGCUCCUUGCACAGCAUUUGAUCCGACAGAGCUCGGCCCCUGAAAAGAGGCGCCGACUGGACCUCGUGAGCUGCGCAAAGUGCGUUGGCUCGCGGUUUGGUGAAGCUGCCAACCCUGGACCAAGUGCAGCCGAAGGGAAGCUCACCUCGCUGGAGAACGUUUCCUUGGUCACUGCGGCUACUGCGAAGCUUCAAAGCCGCGUGGUGUUGGGUUUUGAGGAGUGGUUGCUUCAGGGUCUAAGUGAUCGGGCCCUCCGUAGCCUUUCCUCGUGCGCCAUGGCCUACUGCACGCUGCUGAGAGCGUAUGGGGACUACCUCUUCCGGAGCGGUAGCCCCAUGUAUCUGUACCGGCAUCUUCUGGCUUUCAUGCAAAAGAAUCGGCUUGAGCUCCGACCAUAUAUGCCGCUGGCCUGGGAUCUGCUAUCGAGAUGGGAACGCGUGCAGCCUGUACGGCACAGGGCGCCGAUGCCCGAGGCUGUUUUCAAGGCUCUCUUUGCUCUCGGGGCCAUCAGGGGUUGGCGACGUUGGUGUGCAAUCCUGGGGCUGGCUUACUUUGGCAUAGCUAGAGCAGGCGAGCCGCUGCGCACCCAAAGAAAGGAUCUGUUGCUCCCUUCUGACACGCUGUCUCCGGCGUCCAUCGGCACGUUUAUGGCCGUCCGAUCGCCAAAGACAGCUUUCAGAGGCAAAGGUCGUGUGCAGCACAUCUGCAUCAAGGAUGUUGACUUCAGCCUUUUCUUGGAGGGAGUUUACGCAAAAGUGCCACCGGAUGAUCUGCUGUACAAUGGGUCGCCUGCCUCUUUCAGAAAGAGCUGGGCUGAGCUUUUGAGAGCUCUCUCCGUCCCUAAGUCCCUCCGUCUGACACCUGGUGGGCUCAGAGGCGGAGGAGCAGUCAAGGCUUACCGCGAGGGCCUAAACAUACAGGAUCUGAUGUGGCGCAUGAGGGUGCGCCAUGCUGUCACUCUCGAGUCUUAUCUCCAAGAAGUGGCAGCCUUGUCGGCAAUGUCGAGCCUUCCUCGUGAGUGUCGUCGUCGUGUCACCGCUGCUUGUGUCUUCUACCAGGCGGCCCUCCACGCCUCUUUCCUCAGCAGCGGCUAA